CUCCGCGCGUUAGUGUAGUACAAGCUCGCUCGCUCGUCGUCAAGGAGAGAGAGAGGCUCUAUAGAGGCUCUUUUCUGGCUUGGGUCGUGUGUGUGCGUGCGUGUGUGUGCAGUGCCGCCUUCCGCGAUCGACACACUGUGCGCUCUGUGUGCUCUGCAGCCGAUCCCACACACAGACACACACAGACACAACCGUAGUACAUAAUAGUUAUCAGUUUCGAACAGUAGCAGUUCUUUCUUUUUCUUUCUCUUACUUUCUUUCUUUCUUUUUUUUUCGUUCAACUUCGAUCAGAUCGUCAUUACCGAUAGGUAUAUAAAAUUGAAAAGUUUUGGUGCAUAGCAGGCUAGCUCUCUGCGGCAGUGGCAGCGGCGGCGAGGUCGUCGUUCGCUCGCAACUACUACUACUACUACUACUACCACCAGCUACUACUACAUUUUUUCCGAGACUGCAGCAGAUUUUCGCAUUAGAUAUCGCGAUGGUUUCAUUGUGCGAGUAUGAUCUUCGCGUCGAGCAGCUAUCAUCAUCAUUAUCAUUGGUGCAUCAGUGAAUGACGACGAGCGGCCGAUAGAAAAAAAACCAUGAGGAAAGAGGAUGCCACAAACGAGCUUGAAUCCACAGUCCGGGGUGUUCGGCGGUCAGAGAAUCAACAACAACAACAACAGUCACAGCGACAACAACACAGGCAGCGGCAGCAGCUGCGACUCGAACGAUCUCAGCAGCAGUCCGCAAGAUCGGGAGGAAAAUGGAAUCGUCGUCGACGUCAAACAACGUCGAGAAGAGCAGCAGCAGCAGCAGAGUGAAAGACCUGCAAGCUGCAUUAUUUCCGGAAACAAUCUGGUGAACCAGCAAUGCCUGCCGACCAAGUUCACCGGUGGGGCUUUCGAUCAUCAUCAGCAUCGCAAGGAUCUGGACUCGGUGCUGUCGCUCACCGGCGGCUUUCACAGCAGGUCGUUUCGCGAGCACAGAGACCACCUGCACGUACAGCACCACCACCAACAGCUGCAGUCGCUGCUGCAAGCUGACCCCUACAACAACUUGUUGGUCAACGGCUUGGACGCGCUGAGGCAGGAGGCGCGAUGGCCAAUAGAAUGUCAAGUGCUUCCCGAUCGAGUGCGCCACAUAGAUUACAGCCCCGCGGAGCCGGAGCCCUUCAACGUGCCCACCGGCAGGGAGCCCAGACCCAAGCCCGUGGGCGAGGACAUGGGCACCGUCAUCUUCCGCUACUGUCCAGCCACCUCGACGAAUUACUUCAGCAGAUCGUGCAUCGGCGGCAGUGCGGCACUGGAACGAACCGUGGCCGAUCCGUCGUCCACCACGACGACGACCAACGUCAACAAUCAGACGGCCACCGACGAGACGAUAUUAUCGCCGCCGCCGCAGCCGCAGCAGUCCAACGACCUGUGCUUCGAGUCGAGAUUCGAGUCGGGCAAUCUGGGCAAAGUCAUCAAGAUCACCGACACGUACUACCAGCUGCAUCUGCGCAAGGACCUCUACACGCAGCGACACAUGCAGUGGUACUACUUCCGGAUAACGAACACGAGGAGCGGCGUCUUGUACAGAUUGUCGAUCGUGAAUCUCUGCAAGGAGGACAGCCUGUACAACGAGGGCCUGCGCCCGCUCUGCUACUCCGUCAAGUCGGCCAAGCUCAACUCGGUGGGCUGGCGUCGCUGCGGCGAGAACAUCUGCUACUACAAGAACGACGGCUGCUGCGGCACGGACUCGGGCGAGCAGCAGGACCAGAAGGAGCGCCACACGCUCACCUUCAACAUACGCUUCGAGCACGACCAGGACACGGUCUACAUCGCCCACUCCUACCCCUACACCUACUCGGAUCUGCAGGACUAUUUGGCGGGGAUCGCCGGCGAUCCCCUCAAGACUCGCUUCACCAAGCUGCGCCUGCUGUGUCGCACCCUCGCGGGCAACGGCGUCUACUACCUGACCAUCACGGCGCCGCCGGUCAACGACAACGGCAACUGCGAGGCCGGCAGCGGCACCACCGCGUUCAGACGCAAGAAGGGCAUCGUGAUCACGGCCAGGGUGCACCCCGGCGAGACGCCCUCGAGCUGGAUCAUGAAGGGCAUCUGCGACUUUCUCACGGGCGAGUCGAAUCAGGCGCGCGAGCUCAGGGAGCGCUUCAUCUUCAAGCUCGUGCCGAUGCUGAAUCCGGACGGCGUGAUAGUGGGCAACAAUCGCUGCUCGCUGUCGGGCAAGGAUCUCAAUCGGCAGUAUCGCACUGUGCUGAGGGAGAGCUACCCGUCGGUCUGGCACACCAAGCUGAUGAUCAGGAGGCUGAUGGAGGACUGCGGCAUCGCCAUGUACUGCGAUCUGCACGCGCACUCGCGCAAGCACAACGUCUUCAUCUACGGCUGCGAGAGCAAGAGGCCGGGCUGCGGUCCGCGCGAGGGUCGACUGGCCGAGCAGGUCUUCCCGCUGAUGCUGCACAAGAACGCCGCGGACAAGUUCAGCUUCGAGAACUGCAAGUUUCACAUCGAGAAGGGCAAGGAGGGCACGGGUAGGGUCGUGGUCUGGCUCAUGGGCAUACAGAACAGCUACACGAUGGAGGCGUCGCUGGGCGGCUCGGUGCUGGGCUCGCGCACGGGCACCCACUUCAGCUGCCAGGACUACGAGCAAAUCGGCAAGGCCUUCUGCGAGACUCUGCUGGACUUCUCGGACUCGGAUCCGCUCAAGGAGCGACUGAGGAGCAAGAUCAUCGCGAGGCUGAUCAAGGAGGGCUCGAGCGCCGACGAGCCGACCAACAUCGAGCUGACGGAUUACUCCAGCGACGAGGGCGACACCUCGGACAGCUCGUCCGAGGAGGACAGGUACACCGCGAGCGAGAUGCUGAGGCGCAGGCUGAACUCGUGCGAGGAGUAUCUGGCGGCGCCGCCCCCGUCGCCGCUGCUGCUCAAACCAGCUACGGCCGAGUCCUACGGCAGCAACAAGAAGCAGUCCAAGUCGAAGAACAAACUGCCCAAGAUCGUGCUGAUGCGCAGAAAGGCGAUGAGAAGUAGAAAGACGCUGGAUCUGCCGACCACCGAUCCGGGCAGCGACCUGUACGAGCUGUCCGAUUCCGCGGACGAGACGACGACGAGGCUCAAGGUCAAGAGCUCCGACGAGGAGGAGAGACUGAUCGAGCUGAUCGAGAAGGAGAAUCGGCGCAGAAAGCAGGCGGAGGAGCUCGAGCUGCCGCAGAUACCCAGGCCUCGUAGCGUCUCCCUCGGCGAGGACAUCAUUGGCGCGGAUUUGGACAAGAAGACCAGAAGAUUGAGGCACAGACGCAUUCCUAUGCCGCUGAGGAAUCUGUCUCCCACUACCCAAGAUAAUGGUCAAGCGAUGAAGGUCAAGCUGAUGCCGCUGAGGCAGAACUAUUGGACCGGUGUGACUAAUUGCGACUGGGAGAACGAGGAAAAUCUCAAUUAUCUACAAAGAAACGACUGUCCACUGAGCUGGGGUGUUUCCAAGAUGGCUUUCGAGUAUCAAUCCGAUAGCGAAGCUCUGUUACUGUCGUGUUCAAGAAAGUUGGAGGAGCUGAGCUACAUGCAGAGUGAUUAUAAAAAGACCAAAAAGAAAACUCGUAGAAAACCAUCCAAGAUAAUAGAUGCUUCGACUGUGAUCAAUCCUUUGGAUGAAAAGAACCAAUCGAAUAACAAGAAGAAAAAGCCCAAAGUGAAAAAACCAAAAAAUGUCAAGUCUGGAGUGGAAUCCUUGGACAAUGACAUUGUGCUGGUAACCAAUGAGUUGGACACGUUGAAGUUAUUUGGAACAGCAAAAUUACCAAAAGUUAAUUCUAAACAAAAGUCAGAGUCCAAAAAAAAAUUGAACAAGAACAUAACGGCUACAAUUGCCACUUCCAAGCUGCUAUCCAAUAAAGUUUCAAAAGAUUCUAUAGGCGACAGUUCAACUUCAGAUAACAUAAUGGUUGCUCUGAAACAAAAGAGCAAUGGAACUCAGAAGAAGAGCAACAACACUACAGGAAAGAAGCGAGCUCAAAGUGCAGUUGUAUUUAAAAAAGAAGCAAAGUAAUCUUUAAAAAAAAAAAGUAAUUGUAACCAAGUGACUGCCCAUUUAUAUACGUAUAACUGCACUGCCAGUUGUUGUAUUCUGUGUAUCGCGUAUAAGCUUUGUAUGCUGCGCUACACACAACGUAAUAUAUGAACAUUUUUUCAUAUGUAAUAACAACUAAGCUUGUUUUGUUAUUUGACUAAUGAUCAUUUUACAUUAUAUACUUAUAGGAUUUAGAUAUACCAAAUCAUUGGAGCCAAGUGUUUGUGAGAGAUCAUAAAUACUAGCUUUUAUCUCAGUUGAAAUGUUGUACACAGCGUGUGACACAAGCGUACAGUGUCAUGCAAGAAAAGAUUUUAAUUGAAAAAAAAAAAAAAAACUGUUUUUUAUUCUGUACAAACACAGAGAAAGAAAGGGAGAGUAAGAUAACGUUUAAAAGAGUUGAAUGUUGACGUCGUUGAUUUUUUAAUAAAAAAAAAAAGUAAAAAAAUGUUAUUAUCGUUUUUUCUGCAAUUCGACUGCAGAAGAGAGUCUCUGUUACAUUACGCUGUUUUCACACACACAGUCUCUUGUAUGGUGAAAUUUAAUAAAAAACUGAAAAGAAAGGUUAUGAUUGUA